AUGCCAGUCAUUGGUGUGGCCCUCAUAUUGUUCAAGACCUUCAUCAUCAUCUUUGGACUUCAAUUGCUGCGAUAUGCUGCAAUCAUGGAGUCCAGGAGAAAGCUCAGGUUUCGAUUGCUGGGGCUCACGAUGGCCAUGGCGGUGGGACCCCUUUGCGAGGUCUCUGCCUACGCCUUUGCCCCGCAGUCGCUUCUAGCCCCACUGGACGGUUUCGACGUCAUUUGGAACAUUUUGUUGGCGCCAUACACGCUGGGCGAAAGUCUCACAAGCAGCAAAUUGCUCGGCUCAGGAUUCGUUUUCGCCGGAGCUGUGUCGGCGCCGAUGUUUGGUCCUCACAGCAAGCCACCUGAGACCAUGGAGGAUCUUCGGGGAAAGUUCAUUAGCCGAUCAUUCCUCGGGUGGAUCCUUGUGUGCAUCUCGCUAGCUUGCUUUGCGUUCCUCACCAUGCCGCCCAAGAAUGGUUCGCGGCCUCCGGCCCGGCGAGGGCUGCUCCUGGCGAUGGCCGGGGGGUUCCUUGCAGGCCAGCGGUAUUUCAUGUCUUCCACUGCCACGGUGCUGCACACCUCCUUCGAUGAGGGCAACUGGGACAUGUGGUACGACCCGCUUGCCUAUUUUAUCCUUGGAGGUAUGCUAUUUUGCGCUGCUAUGAAUGCGGUGCUGCUGAAUAAAGGCCUGGCUGAGUUUGAAGCCAUGAUGAUGAUUCCAACGUUUGUUGGAACUUCCAUCGUGACAACAAGCGUUUCAGCGGCUGUAAUCUUGAAAGAGACGGCGCAGCUCGUGGCCUGGAGGCUGCUCGGCUACUGGUUUGGCAUCCUCCUGGUGGUGACGGGUCUUCUUAUCAUCGCAAGGGAUGCUCGACGACAGCUAGACGGUUGCGAUGAUGCCGCAGCUUCUCAGGCCCAAGAGCGACGGCUGAUGGGCGCUUCAGAGCAAAACCGUGUGGUAGUCAUGCCUGUGGACAUAUCCGCGGCCAGCUAA